AAAAACAAAAACUCAGUUGAAUUGAGUUGAGGCAUUAAAGAUCAGAUAAGGCGCAAAGACAAAAGCAAGCAAGUGGUGUUUGAGCUUCAGCUAAGCUCACAUCACCAUGGCCAUGGCGAUGCUCUCUUUCACUGCAAACACUCUGAAACCUCUUUCUCCAUUCUACCACGAUAAGGUCUUUUCCUCCUCCUCCACCACACUCCUUUCUAAACCCUCUCUUAAACCCAUCUCCGCCACUCUCAUCCCUUCAUCCAACUCUCAUCAGCAGCAGCAGCUUUACCAACCCUUUCGCCCGCCACCGUCCCCUCUUCCCAACCAAUUCCGCUCUCUCGACACCGCCGGCCGCCUCGAUGUUCUCACCAACCGCCUCGGUCGCUGGUUUGAGUACGCCCCAAUCAUUCCUUCCCUUGUCCAAGAAGGGUUCACGCCUUCUUCCAUCGAAGAAGCUACUGGCAUUUCUGGGGUCGAGCAAAACCGUCUUUUGGUCGCUGCCCAGGUACGUGAAUCUUUACUCCAAUCCAAAACUGACCCGGAAAUCGUUGCCCACUUCGAUUCCGGUGGUUCUGAAUUGUUGUACGAAAUUCGGCUGCUGAGCGCCCAACAAAGAUCCGCCGCCGCUGCCUACAUUGUCGGCAAUGGAUUCGACGGAAAGGGAGUUCAGGACCUCGCCCGCGCCAUUAAAGAUUUUCCUCGCCGACGCGGAGAUAAAGGGUGGGAGAGCUUUAACUAUACUCACCCUGGCGAUUGUCUAUCUUUUAUGUAUUAUAGGCAAGGUAGAGAGCAUAAGAACCCUUCGGAUCAGAGAACUAAUGCUUUGGAGCAAGCUUUGAAUUUUGCAGAAACUGAGGGUGCAAAGGCUAGAGUGUUGGAGGAAUUGCAUAGUGAGGGAAACCAAGAUGGGGCAAAAGGAGAAAUUGAGGAUACUGUUCUUGUUCCAGUAGUGAGGUUGAAGAUUGGCGAGGUGGCGGAGGCCAGCUCAGUGGCGGUCUUGCCGGUUUGCAGGGCGGAGGAGAGGGAGAAGGAGGUCUUAGAAGCGCCAGGAGAGUGUAGAACUGAGGGGGAGUUCAAUGUGGUUGUGGCGGAGAAAGGGUGGAAGAGCUGGGUGGUGUUGCCAGCGUGGGAGCCGGUGGUGGGGUUAGGAAAAGGAGGGAUUGUUAUAGCGUUUAGUGAUGCUAGAGUCUUGCCAUGGAAAACUAAUAAGUGGUACAAAGAAGAAUCCAUCUUGGUGGUGGCUGAUAGGAAGAGAAAGGAGGUGGCAGCCGAUGAUGGAGUUUAUUUGGUGGCUGCUGAUGGUGAAGGAGGCCUUGGCGAGGGGUUAAAGGUUAUGAGGGGAUUGGCAUUGAAGAAUUUGGGCGUGAAGGAGUGUUUAGCGACUGUUGUUAUGGUGGUUAGGCCACCAAGAGAUGAGAUGGAUGAUCAGUUGAAUGAUGAGGAUUGGGAAUGAAAAAAUAUCCAAUAAUCUUGGAGAAUGUAUGUUAAGUACCAUUGUAGAAUCUCAAGCUUAUUGGGACUCUCGGAUGUUCAUUGAGAUGAGGUUCAUACUUUUCAUCUCGUUCUUUUUGGCAGUCAUAGAUGACUUGUGUUUAGAUGUUAUACUUUGAAUUUAAACUUAGUAGAGAAAAGCUUCUAUUUUUGACUCC